AUGACAACCCUAUACGAGCCACCAUGUCUUCAGACACUGGCCCCAGAGAUCUACAAAAUUAUCAUGGAAGAGCUCGAGACCAAAGAGUUGUUCAGUCUGAUGCUCACUAGCAGGGCCAUCAAUCACCUCACGAUCCCCUCUUUUUACAAGAAGAUAUACACCAGAGAAAAGACUGCUUGCGACACAAGAGGGCUAGUCCGUCUACUGACCAAAAAGCCUUGGAUAAAAGACCUGGUUCAUUAUUUGGUCAUUGACGAAAUGGACGGGGGUGCUUAUAGAGAGCUGCUCGGGUUUGAUCUCCCGAAUCUUGAGGCUGUUCUACUCCAGCACGAGGGCAAAGUCAAGUUGAAGAUAGAUGAAGAGGAUAAGGAGAGACUAAACCAGUCAAUCAUUCCAAAGCCACGGUUGACUAACCGUAUGCACCUUUCACUGUAUUAUUCAACUGCUCAGCUUGUUAACCUUGAUAUUUCAGUAGUCGUCUUGAACAUAAUGAGAAAUCCUUGGAAUUAUCCACCAGAGCACCGAAGAUAUCCCAAAUUCACCAUCAACGACGCCAUUCUGUUCAAACACUCCUCCCUCACUCGCCUCAGAAUAUCAUACGUUAACCUCACAGCCUUGGAAAACGCAAGCGACGACAUGUUUCCUUUUGAGAAUCUCACCCAUCUAUUAAUCGAAAUCAGCUGCAUCAACCUUGGAGUUUUCAAAAAGAUGCUAUCCCCAGUAAAGAAGCUCGCCGUUUUCCGUUUCCACCAAGAGCUUCAUCUCCCCUUCUCCUUUGAAGAAUUCCGCCAGCUGUUUUGGAGGUUUAGACGCACGCUCAGAGUGCUUAAACUCGAGUGGCGUCGUAUCCAAGAUGGCGAGACCAUAGGCUUAAACCUUUCUGAUUUCCCUGCCCUCAGAAUUCUUCUCGGCGACCCCGAAGUGCUCUUCGGGCAAUGGAAGACCUGUCCCGACCUGGUAGAUCAGCUCAAGCGGAGACUACCUCCCAACAUCAGGAUUCUCACACUGAUACAGUUUUGCUGGCGUAACGUGGACGAUGGGAGUCAACAGGCUGCUUGGGAUCAGUAUGGGUAUGUUGGACUCCUACGGACCAUUGUCCAUAACAAGAAAGAAAUCCUUCCGUAUUUGAGAUAUUUGCUCUAUCAGGAUUCGGACAAGCUCAUGAUUCCUGAUAAUUUGGCGGAGCUGGCGGAGGAGCAGAAGAUUGACUUGUGGUCUGCCGAGUCGUGUUAUGAUCCGGAUCCUCUUGAGUAUUUGAAUUCGCCAUGGAACAAUGAUGAAGAAGCCCAGGAGGAGUCAUAA